AGGUUUCAGUUUGGUGUUUUAACAUCUUAACACCUGUUUUGUUGCCAGUAAAAACGGGAAAACCCUAUUAUCAUACAGGAAAUACUCAAAUACCCAUUAACGAAUCAAUUGUGGUGCUGCUCUCUCCUCCCCAUGUGACUCCCCAGACCGUCGCUCGAAGGGGCAACACAAGAGGAUGCUCUGUGCCACAAAAUUAGAAGCUAGGCGCCAGAUUCUGGAGCUUGAGAUGAUCCUGCUGGAUCAUUGUGCACAGCAGCAAGCCAAAUAUCAGCGGGAGCUGCUGGAAUUCCAGAACAGCACCGAGCUGAAGAGCUUCAUCAUCCAUCACCAGCAGCAGCAGCAGCAGAAGGCAGAAGAGCACCAGCAGGAGGAAGUCAACACCAAUAAUGAGGAUGUGAAGCAGACAUGUCAGAAUAACAACAAGGUUGAGAACGAGAUGGAAGAGAUGGAGAAAGUGGGGGAGAGAAAUGGUAUGAAGAGAAAACGUCGGAGUAGGAAGAAACAUAAGAACAAGAAGAAAGUUCUGGAGGAGACAGUGAAAGAAGAGGUGGCUGAGAGAGAGGGGAGUGAGGGAGAGCCCAUGCAGGAAGUGGUGGAGGUUGGGACGAUUGAGGUAGAGAUGAUUGAGGCAGUGGCUUUGGAGGAUGUGAUGAAUGAGGUAGAGUUGAAUAAGGUAGAGGUGUUAGAAGCAGAUGGCAAGCGGGAAUUAGCGAAUGAGGCAGAGGUAGCGGUGAUUGAGGUAGAAGCAGUGGCCAAGCAGGAAGUGGUGAAAGAUAUAGCGGCCAAUGUCAUAGAGGGGAUUGAGAGAGAUGCAAAACAGGUAUUAGCAGAAGAGGUAGAGCCAAAUGAGGUCGAUGAGAAUGAGGGAAUGGCCAAACAAGAAGUGGUGGAGAAAGUUGAGAAUGUUGUGGAGACAAAGAAAGAGGGAGAGGAUUGUGUUCAGAGGAAACGUAGGAAUAGAAAGCUACGAAGGAUUGAGAUGAAAGUUCGGGAAGUAGAAGAGAUGAAGGUAAACGAGAUUGAGAGAGAGGGGAAUGAUGGAGAGCCCAAGAAGGAAGUGGCGAGUGAGGUAGAGGUAGCGGUGAUUGAGGUAGAUGCAGUGGCCACACAGGAAUUUGUGAAAGAGGUAGUGGCCAAUGUCGUAGAAGGGAUUGAGAGAGAUGCCAAGGAGAACUUAGGGAAAGAGGUAGAGGCAAGGGAGGUAAAUGGGAAUGAGGGAAUAGCCAAACAGGAAGUGGCUAAGAAAGUUGAUAAUGUUAUGGAGACAAAGCAAGAGGGAGAGGAUGGUGUUCAGAGGAAACGUAGGAAUAGGAAGAAACAUAAGAACAAGAAGAAAGUUCUGGAGGAGACAGUGAAAGAAGAGGUGGCUGAGAGAGAGGGGAGUGAGGGAGAGCCCAUGCAGGAAGUGGUGGAGGUUGGGACGAUUGAGGUAGAGAUGAUUGAGGCAGUGGCUUUGGAGGAUGUGAUGAAUGAGGUAGAGUUGAAUAAGGUAGAGGUGUUAGAAGUAGAUGGCAAGCAGGAAUUAGCUAAUGAGGCAGAGGUAGCGGUGAUUGAGGUAGAAGCAGUGGCCAAGCAGGAAGUGGUGAAAGAUAUAGCGGCCAAUGUCAUAGAGGGGAUUAAGAGAGAUGCAAAACAGGUAGUAGCAAAUGAGGUAGAGCCAAAUGAGGUCGAUGGGAAUGAGGGAAUGGCCAAACAGGAAGUGGCGGAGAAAGUUGAGAAUGUUGUGGAGACAAAGAAAGAGGGAGAGGAUUGUGUUCAGAGGAAACGUAGGAAUAGGAAGCUACGAAGGACUGAGAUGAAAGUUCGGGAAGUAGAAGAGAUGAAGGAAAACGAGAUUGAGAGAGAGGGGAAUGAUGGAGAACCCAAGAAGGAAGUGGCGAGUGAGGUAGAGGCAAAUGAGGUAGAGGUAGCGGUGAUUGAGGUAGAUGCAGUGGCCACACAGGAAUUUGUGAAAGAGGUAGUGGCCAAUGUCAUAGAAGGGAUUGAGAGAGAUGCCAAGGAGAACUUAGGGAAAGAGGUAGAGGCAAGUGAGGUAGAUGGGAAUGAGGGAAUAGCCAAACAGGAAGUGGCUAAGAAAGUUGAUAAUGUUGUGGAGACAAAGAAAGGAGAGGAUGGUGUUCAGAGGAAACGUAGGAAUAGGAAGCUACGAAGGACUGAGAUGAAAGUUCGGAAAGUAGAAGAGAUGAAGGAAAACGAGAUUGAGGGAGAGGGGAAUGAUGGAGAGCCCAAGAAGGAAGUGGCGAGUGAGGUAGAGGUAGCGGUGAUUGAGGUAGAUGCAGUGGCCAAGCAGGAAGUGGUGAAAGAGGUAGUUGCCAAUGUCGUAGAAGGGAUUGAGAGAGAUACAAAGCAGGAAUUGGUGAAACAGGUCGAGGCAAUUCAGGUCGAUACGAUCGAAGAAAAUGCCAUGCAGGUCUUGAUCAAUGAGGUAGACACGAAUGAGGUAAAGGCCAAACAGGAAAUGGCAAAAAAAGUUGAGAACAUGGUGGAGGAGAUAAAGCAGGAAGGGGCAAAUGAGGUUGAGGCAUAUGAAGUAGAUGCCAUCCAGGAAGUGCCAAAAGAGGUAGAGGAGAUUGAGGGAGAGGCCAAGCAGGAGGUGGUUAUGGAGGUAGAGCCGAAUGAGUUAGAGGCGAAUGACGUAGAGGUGAUUGAGGUAGAAGUGGAGGUAGGGGCUAUUGAGGUGGAGGAGAGUGAGGCGAUUUUGGUAGAGGCGAAUGAUGUAGAGGCAAUAGAGGUAGAGGCAAAAGAAGUAGGAGCUAUUGAGUUAGAGGCAAAUGAGGUAGAGGUAGCGGUGAUUGAGGUAGAUGCAGUGGCCACACAGGAAUUUGUGAAAGAGGUAGUGGCCAAUGUCGUAGAAGGGAUUGAGAGAGAUGCCAAGGAGAACUUAGGGAAAGAGGUAGAGGCAAGUGAGGUAAAUGGGAAUGAGGGAAUAGCCAAACAGGAAGUGGCUAAGAAAGUUGAUAAUGUUGUGGAGACAAAGAAAGAGGGAGAGGAUGGUGUUCAGAGGAAACGUAGGAAUAGGAAGAAACACAAGAACAAGAAGAAAGUUCUGGAGACAGUGAAAGAAGAGGUGGCUGAGAGAGAGGGGAGUGAGGGAGAGCCCAUGCAGGAAGUGGUGGAGGUUGGGACGAUUGAGGUAGAGAUGAUUGAGGCAGUGGCUUUGGAGGAUGUGAUGAAUGAGGUAGAGUUGAAUAAGGUAGAGGUGUUAGAAGGAGAUGGCAAGCAGGAAUUAGCGAAUGAGGCAGAGGUAGCGGUGAUUGAGGUAGAAGCAGUGGCCAAGCAGGAAGUGGUGAAAGAUAUAGCGGCCAAUGUCAUAGAGGGGAUUGAGAGAGAUGCAAAACAGGUAUUAGCAGAAGAGGUAGAGCCAAAUGAGGUCGAUGGGAAUGAGGGAAUGGCCAAACAGGAAGUGGCGGAGAAAGUUGAGAAUGUUGUGGAGACAAAGAAAGAGGGAGAGGAUUGUGUUCAGAGGAAACGUAGGAAUAGGAAGCUACGAAGGAUUGAGAUGAAAGUUCGGGAAGUAGAAGAGAUGAAGGAAAACGAGAUUGAGAGAGAGGGGAAUGAUGGAGAACCCAAGAAGGAAGUGGCGAGUGAGGUAGAGGCAAAUGAGGUAGAGGUAGCGGUGAUUGAGGUAGAUGCAGUGGCCACACAGGAAUUUGUGAAAGAGGUAGUGGCCAAUGUCAUAGAAGGGAUUGAGAGAGAUGCCAAGGAGAACUUAGGGAAAGAGGUAGAGGCAAGUGAGGUAGAUGGGAAUGAGGGAAUAGCCAAACAGGAAGUGGCUAAGAAAGUUGAUAAUGUUGUGGAGACAAAGAAAGAAGGAGAGGAUGGUGUUCAGAGGAAACGUAGGAAUAGGAAGCUACGAAGGACUGAGAUGAAAGUUCGGGACGUAGAAGAGAUGAAGGAAAACGAGAUUGAGGGAGAGGGGAAUGAUGGAGAGCCCAAGAAGGAAGUGGCGAGUGAGGUAGAGGUAGCGGUGAUUGAGGUAGAUGCAGUGGCCAAGCAGGAAGUGGUGAAAGAGGUUGUUGCCAAUGUCGUAGAAGGGAUUGAGAGAGAUACAAAGCGGGAGUUGGUGAAACAGGUCGAGGCAAUUCAGGUCGACACGAUCGAAGAAAAGGCCAUGCAGGUCUUGAUCAAUGAGGUAGACACGAAUGAGCUAAAGGCCAAACAGGAAAUGGCAAAAAAAGUUGAGAACGUGGUGGAGGAAAUAAAGCAGGAAGGGGCAAAUGAGGUCGAGGCAUAUGAAGUAGAUGCCAUCCAGGAAGUGGCAAAAGAGGUAGAGGAGAUUGAGGGAGAGGCCAAGCAGGAGGUGGUUAUGGAGGUAGAGCCGAAUGAGUUAGAGGCGAAUGACGUAGAGGUGAUUGAGGUAGAAGUGGAGGUAGGGGAUUUUGAGGUGGAGGAGAGUGAGGCGAUUUUGGUAGAGGCGAAUGAUGUAGAGGCAAUAGAGGUAGACGCAAAAGAAGUAGGAGCUAUUGAGUUAGAGGCAAAUGAGGUAGAGCUGAAGGAGGUCGACACGAUUGAAGACGAUACAAAGCAGGAAGUGGUGAAUGAGGAAGGAAGAUGUGAGCAACCUUGGAGGGCAGAGAGUGUUCAGGAAGAGAAGAAAGAGAUUAAGCACAUCCCAUCUUCUAAGGGAGAGAGAAAGAACAGUUUCUGGCGUUGGGCAAUUUGGAGCUUCAUGUGCUGCACACGGCAGCUGGAGAAAGAUGAGGAAGAGGAGAAGGAACGAGGAGGAGACAGAGGGAAGGAGCACCAAGACCAGGAGCUGGGAAACAAGAAGAAAGAAAAGUGGUGGAGACUCCGCAGAGGGAGAAACUAGCGUGUUCUCCCAGACAUAGACAUUGAGACGUGGUUGGAUGGACAUGUAUAUUUAUACAUAUAU